ACACGAUUUACGACAUUUUGAAAUGUUGACAAAUUUUUCUAAAUCUACCUGGGCACACCUGCAUCAAUGAUACAUUAAUUUGCAUUCGAUUAUUUAGUUAUUUAUUAUAAAAGAUGCGUUAUUUAAAAAUACAUCUAUUGCACAGCUAAGUGAACAUAGAUUUUGUGGUGUAUUAUUCUAAAGACAAGGACUAAUGAUUACUUAAAAUAAUGCCGUUUGGAAUAAAAUUUAAAAGAACAAGACGUUAUGAGAUAUCAUCAAAGAAUGCGUUGGUUGUUGGUGUACACAUGCUGGACAAUUCUUAUUUAGAGUGUACACUAACCUCAGAGAGUACAGGUCAACAAUGUCUGGACAGCAUAGCUCAAAGGAUUGAACUUGAGGAGACUCAGUAUUUUGGAUUACGCUAUGUGACUAAAAAAUUACAGUUUCACUGGAUCGAGUUGGAUAAACCACUGAAGAAACAGUUAGACAAACAUGCUCAAGCCUCCAAUUCACCGAGGUUAUACUUUGGGGUUAUGUUUUAUAUACCUGGAGCUCAUAAACUAGCAGAUGAAGUAGCAAGAUUUCAAUAUUUCCUCCAACUGAAGAAUGAUAUUGUAGAUGGUAGAAUUCCAUUAUCUGUAGAUCAGGCUGUUCGUCUCUCAGCUCUUAGUUUACAAGCUGAGUUUGAUGACUACCAAGAAGAUAAGAAUGCUCAAGAUUACUUCAAAGAUAACGCUUUAUUUCCUAAGACCAUGUGUAAAGAUGAGACCACAGUUACAGAAAUGAUGCACGAAGCCUUGAAUUGUUACAUAAGUUUACAUGGUGUACAUCAUGUUAAAGCUGAAAUCAAUUACAUCAAGGAUAUACAAAUGAUGGAUGGGUAUGGAAUGGAUUACUAUGCUGCUAAGGAUGAGAAAGGGAGAGAACUGUAUCUAGGAACAUUUUAUCAGGGAAUGUUUGCUCGUUAUCUCCAUGGAGAGGCUACGGUAUUUUUCAGGUGGAAUGAAAUAGCUCGUCUAAACCAGAGUAAGAAAACGUUAGAAAUAGACACAUCCAAAAGUUCAUCUCAGUACCACAUGGAAGAUAGUGAUACAGCAAAAUAUGUGAGAAGAUUUGGUUUGUUACAACAAAAGUUUUACAGGAUGAAUAAAACAACACCAAGUUCAAGUGUUGUAGAUUUGAACGAAUUUCCAGAGACGAGCAACAUGUAUAUAUCAGAUUUACCUCCAAUGGACCCUCUGACCCAAUCACAGACUUCAUUAACCUAUUCACAGCUUUCUUAUCAAUCACAGGACCAAAGAUUUGAUCAAGAAUUGUCCCAAUCAACAACGACAUCAGCAGAGGAUUUUUUCAGACAAUCACAGCAAAGUUUAGAGACUGGCAGCCGUAAAUACAAUAGUGCAGAAUCUCAGAACAGUCCCACACAGCCUGAUCCACGACAGGCAAUGUUACCAGCUUAUAGGCCAAGUCCUAGCUAUGAUCAAGUCAUGAGACACCGCGUUCAACAACAGAAAGGAAAUAUAUCUAACUCACAAAUGUAUUCUGCCCCUCAGGAAAAUAUAACUUACAGUCACCCUGACAUUGGGUCUGAUGUUUCUAAUUAUAGUCGGCAAGAAAGUGAUUAUGUAAAUAGUGAGACAAUACACAACUACAAUAAUAAUACAUUAUAUGCAAAUGUGUUUCAAGAGGAAAAACAGAAUUACAUGCAAUAUAGAGAACGAACUAGUAAUCUUAUAAUACAACCUACAUACAGUUCUCCAGAACUAACGGGGCUUCCACAGGAAUAUCCUACGGAAAAUAUAUUCCAUGACCCUUUACCUUUUCAAUAUAAACCCCCACCCCCUUAUCCCAGGACAAGUAGUAGUACACCAGAUCUGGCAGUUCAGACAAUCAGAACUAAUGUUAGUGAUAGUCCCGAUCUUAUUUCUCGCAAAAACAUGGGAUUACCUCCCCCUGAUGCAGAAUCUAUUGAAGAGAUCAGAGAUCAUGACUUUCCUACAGAGAAUGUGGAAGAAAUAAAUCCAUCAAGUGAACCGAUUACCAAUCCACCUCCAAUAAUAAUCAGUCACGUGGAAACUGAUGACACUUCUAGUGAGUAUUCAGAAACAACAUUUCAUGUGAAGGAGACAGACAGUGAAAUAGAAGAUGCUCAUAAUAAACCUGCUGAGGACACACCCAUCCAGAUAAAAUAUGUGGCCCCUAACAAAGCACCUCCUCCAUCGACGUCAAAAGAGGUUGUGGUACGGAGAGAGAGUUUCCGUCGUUUAAUGAUUGCAAAUAGGUCAGGUCAGUUUAAUCCUAAUUCAUUGAGUUCUGCUGACAAUUCUGCAACUGGUUCCUCUGAUACAUCUGUUAUACCUGAAGUUACAUCAGAGAAAGCAGCAGGAUUAGAGAAUCCAGUUGACGCUCUGGUUAAAAGUGAUAGCACACAGCUGGAACCAGAUCAGGAAGCUGAAAGAGACACAGAUUCUGAUUCUGAUCAGGAUGGUACUAUUAAGUUGAGAAUGGGACCAUUAAAGAUGGCUGCCAUGAAUGGUUUGUCAAUGUCAAGGCCAAUGGUUCUAGCUUUGAUGAAUGAUGAAAGUAGAGCACCAAAGGAUGAAAGGAGAAAACUUUUGGAAACAAAAUUAUCUGAAAAUUUAGUUUUUAAAGAAUUUGAGGAAAUUCCUAAGAAAAAUCCAAACAAUGAUUGUUCUGUGGCCAAACUUCCAGAAAAUGGGCCAAGAAAUCGUUUCAAAGAUGUUCUACCUUAUGAUGCAUCCCGAGUUAAACUUGCUCCAAGGAAAGAUAAUCACUCUGGAUAUGUUAAUGGUUCUCAUAUAAAGCUUUCAGUUGGGGAUCGUGUCUGGUGGUAUAUUGCCACUCAAGCACCACUUCCCAACACAUGUAUAGAUUUCUGGCAGCUGAUAUGGGAACAAGAAGUUGAUGUUAUAGCCAUGCUGACAGAUUUGGUGGAAAUGGGUAGACAGAAAUGUUUUCCUUACUGGCCACAAGAAGUUGGACCAGAGCAUACAAUUACAUUUGGACCUUUUGAGGUGACCCUGUUGUUUUGCAAUGAUUCCUUGUGUUAUAUCACAAACAGAAUUUCUGUGGUCCAUACGAAUUCUAAAAAGGAAAGGCAGAUAUGGCAUUUACAGUAUACUGAUUGGCCAGAUCAUGGUUGUCCUGACGAUAUGUAUGGAUUUCUGGGAUUCUUAGAUGAAGUUGACUCUGUCCAAAGAUUGGCAGAAAGUGAGGAGGGUAGUGGUAAGAAAUCCCCCAUAGUGGUACAUUGUAGUGCUGGAGUAGGGAGAACGGGUGUGGUCAUACUUACACAGGUUAUGAAGUGGUGCUUAGAACAUAAUCAUGAUAUAGAUUUGCCAAAAGCUCUUGCAGGAAUCCGAAACCAAAGAAUGUUUAUGGUGCAGACUUUAGGACAAUAUAAUUUUAUACAUAAAACAUUAAUACAGUAUCUUAAAAAUACAAGGUUGAUUUGAAACGUUCAUAUAACAACAUUUAUUUGGUGUUUAUAACGGAAGAGUUAAAUUUCAUUAUUUAAAACAUCUAUUCUCUUCUGAACAGCUAUACUAUGAAGAAUUUUCUUUUCAUACUUUCGGAAAGUUAAAUUUUAUACUGCAGGAAAAGAUGGAUAAAACACAUAAAAAAUAUUCAAGUAACUGGCAUUUGAUAUAUAGCGUUAUUGCACCUAGUGGAACUUAGCUUGUUGAGAAGCAAACUAGCAAACAUGAUAAACAAUCUAGUUUUCCAGGAAAAGGAAUAGCAAAUAUAAAUUGUCACAAAAAAUAUACUUUCACUUAAAGAUAUUAUUGCUAUAAAAUGAAUGAAUUUCUAUACUGUUUAAAUUUUUUAAUGUUUUUUUAUCACUUCUUGUUAUCUGAAUGUUUAUGUGGUGCAUGUCUAUUGUAAUCUUAAAUUGUAUUUUUCUAAGAAAGUUCUUACCGAAUUUUUUUCUUUUGAUGAACUUGUGCUUUACUCUUUAACAUGUUGAACUUUAACUGUUUGUCUUUUAUUAUCUGACAUCUUUAAGAUAACUGGUUGCAUCUCAAAAGUAUGCUAUCUGGAAUUCGUCUUAUAAUAUAUUUGAUUAACUACUAUCAAAGGCUUAAAAUAUUUUUAUUUCACUGAAAAACGGUAUUGUAAAUUCAUAAAAAAAAAAAUCUCAAUAUUUUUGUUAUAUUUGCAUAAAAUAUUGUGACAUAAUAGGUUUAAAAAAAAAAAAUUUUUUAAAUGUUCUUGUCAAAUAUUCAGUUAUGGCAAUAAUACCAGUAAUAAAUAUUUCUAAAGUACUUUACUUCAGUGAAUGAGUGUCAUAUGAACCCAGAUUUGUCAAAUAUUUGAUAUACCUUUUAAUCAAGCAUAAAAAAAAUUGUCGACACAGCAGAAAAUUUGUAACUCAAGAUUAGCAUUAUAACAAUAUUAAAGGAAAGGAUUGUAUGCAGUUUAAUUUAUGCUUCUCUCAAUAUGUAAAAAAAACAAAAAGUUAGAAAACUUUGUGCAUUAUCGUUUGUUUUCAAAAUACAAUUAUUUUGGAAUUAAGAAAUUAAUGUUAUGUAUAUUUGACUUAUUUGUAAAUACAUUUUUUAGUAUUUUUUCUAUUUAUUCACUUAUAAUAAGAAUAUCAAGUUGACAGACGGCAAAUGGGUCAAGGACAGGUUCAAAUUAUCAGGAGGGUUAGGAUGAUAUUAUAUAUUGUGAAGUCAUUAGAAGAAUAGUGACACUGUCCAUGUUGGACUUAUUUUUUUUAUAGACAAUAUGACAAUCAUUUUUUUAUGCCACACCUACGAUAGUAGAGGGGCAUUAUGUUUUCUGGUCUGUGCCUCCGUCUGUCCGUCCCGGUUCAGUUUAAAGUUUUUGAUGAAGUUGAAGUCAUAUCCACUUGAAACUUAGUACCCAUGUUCCCUAUGAUAUGAUCUUUCUAAUUUUAAUUUCUAAAAAAAGUUUUAACCCCAAUUUCACGAUCCACUGAACACGGAAAAGAUAGUGCGAGUGGGGUAUCCGUUUACUAUGGACACAUUCUUUUUAAACACUGUGAAAGUAUCAAUAAGAAAAUGAUCUAAAUGAAGACAAUACUACAGCCUCAUGUGGAUUUUUUACAUUUUCUUAAGACAACAUCACAGUGUCCAAUAGAUUUUAUGUAUUUUUUCUUGAAAUACAUAUAUGGUACAUGGCUUUUAGUACCAAGAGUUCUUUACUUAUAGUGUUUAUUUAUAUAACAUGUAUUUAUCUUUUCUAAUGAAAUAUAUAUACCACCAGUAAACUUUAUUUUGAGGGUGAAAUGGUUUUGGAAAUUGAGUAUAUAUAAAUUUUGACUAAUAACUGUACUCGUAAUAUAUUUUAGUUCUUUCAGAAUUUUUGUCUAUGUUUAUCAAUGGUCAGUACAUGUAAUUGUAAAUAUUUAUUUUUCUUCACAUAUAGAAUUUAUUUUUGUGAUAUAGUUUAGAAAAAAGUUGAAUGUCUGGCCUGACAAAUGAAUUGAAUACUAAAAGGUUCUUAUUUCAGGCCAUUAGAUUUUCAGUAAUGAAGGUCAAGGCCGGUAGAUUUCAGUAAUGUUGUCAAGGUCAGUAGAUUCUCGGUAAUGAAGGUCACAACAAGAACUUGUAAUAGGUUGUAAUUGCAUUGUAUAUAGAUUUUUUUAUUCCAAUAUACUAUUUUAUUUGUAUAAACUUUUUUAUUAAGCUUUACACAUGUGUAAAUAUAUGCUUUAUUCAUGCAUAACAUAAUUGAUUUAUGGUGCUAGACCUUGUUUUAUUGUGAAAUACACAUUUUAAAUUCUUAUUUUAAUAAAUAAGUUGUUCUUGUUGAAAUAAAAUAUUUAAAAUACUAAA